CUGUAAGGCCCAGUCAGAGAGACGGGAUGGAGGGGCCUGUGCUGACACUGGGGCUGCUGGCCACCCUGGCCGUGUGUGGCAGCUGGGGCCUGAAUGAGGAGGAACGGCUGAUCCGGCACCUGUUCCAAGAGAAGGGCUACAACAAGGACCUCCGGCCCGUGGCACACAAGGAGGAGCGUGUGGACAUCACCCUGGCCCUUACCCUGUCUAACCUCAUCUCCCUGAAAGAAGUCGAGGAGACCCUCACCACCAACGUGUGGAUAGAGCACGGCUGGACAGACAGCCGGCUGAAGUGGGAUCCCGAAGAAUUUGGGAAUAUCAGUGUCCUGCGCCUGCCCCCUGACAUGCUGUGGCUCCCAGAGAUUGUGCUGGAGAACAACAACGACGGCUCCUUCCAGAUUUCCUACUCCUGCAACGUGCUGGUCUAUGACUCUGGCUCCGUGUACUGGCUGCCGCCUGCCAUCUUCCGCUCCUCCUGCCCUAUCUCCGUCACCUACUUCCCUUUCGACUGGCAGAACUGCUCCCUCAAGUUCAGUUCCCUCAAGUACACGGCCAAGGAGAUCACCCUGAGCCUGAAGCAGGAUGUUGAAGAGGAUCGCACCUACCCCGUGGAGUGGAUCAUCAUUGAUCCUGAGGGCUUCACAGAGAAUGGGGAGUGGGAGAUAGUGCACCGGCCAGCCAGGGUCAACGUGGACCCCAGCGCCCCUCUGGACAGCCCCAGCCACCAGGACGUCACCUUCUACCUCAUUAUCCGCCGCAAGCCACUUUUCUACAUCAUCAACAUCCUGGUGCCCUGCGUGCUCAUCUCCUUCAUGAUCAACCUGGUCUUCUACCUGCCGGCCGACUGUGGCGAGAAGACGUCAAUGGCCAUCUCAGUGCUCCUGGCCCAGUCUGUCUUCCUGCUGCUCAUCUCCAAGCGGCUGCCCGCCUCGUCCAUGGCCAUCCCCCUUAUUGGCAAGUUCCUGCUCUUCGGCAUGGUGCUGGUCACCAUGGUCGUGGUGAUCUGUGUCAUCGUGCUCAACAUCCACUUCCGAACACCCAGCACCCACGUGCUGUCCGAGGGGGUCAGGAAGAUCUUUCUGGAGACCCUGCCCAAGCUCCUGCACAUGUCCCACCCCGCAGAGGACGGCCCCAGCGCCGGGGCCCUGGUCCGGAGGAGCAGCUCCCUGGGCUACAUCUCCAAGGCUGAGGAGUACUUCUCGCUAAAGUCCCGCAGUGACCUCAUGUUUGAGAAGCAGUCAGAGCGGCAUGGGCUGGCCCGGCGCCUCACCACUGCACGCCGGCCCCCAGCAAGCUCUGAGCAGGCCCAGCAGGAACUCUUCAGCGAGCUGAAGCCAGCUGUGGAUGGGGCAAACUUCAUCGUUAACCACAUGAGGGACCAGAACAAUUACAAUGAGGAGAAGGACAGCUGGAACCGCGUGGCCCGCACGGUGGACCGCCUCUGCCUGUUUGUGGUGACGCCCAUCAUGGUGGUGGGCACAGCUUGGAUCUUCCUGCAGGGUGUCUACAACCAGCCCCCACCUCAGCCUUUUCCCGGGGACCCGUACUCCUACCACGUGCAGGACAAGCGCUUCCUCUAGGCCGGCCUGCCCUGCGGGGCAGCCGUGUGGACAGCAGGUCUGGGAGGAGUGGCAUCCCAAGGCAGCUCCUGGCCCUGCGCUGUGCCCCUCAAGCUGGGGCGGAUGCCCUACUCCCCGAUGGCGGUUCCUUGGCAAAUAAAGGCAGGAGCCACCGAGAUGGUCUGAGAGUGACUCAGCGGGAGGGCUGGGCAGGUCGAUCUGAGGGAGGUGGGAGGCUGGCCUGGGGCCAGGGGGGACACCUCU